AUGAGCACGUUCGACAUCUUCUGUGCGAUUCCCAUCUUCGUGCAGGAGGUCGACGAGCUGCGCGCUGCCAACGCUGCCAAACGAAAGGCCGAGAUCGAAGCGCUCUUGCAGUUCCCGUCGCGGGAGCCAGCGCAGCAGCCAGAGCCGGCAACCACCUCCAAGCCUCAGUCGACUAAUUCGCUCUUCACUCCAGGUGACUCUGCGAAGGGCGCCAAGCUUUUCCAGACCCGCUGCGCUCAGUGCCACACCGUCGAGGCCGGUGGUGCCCACAAGGUCGGCCCCAACUUGCACGGUCUGUUCGGCCGCAAGACUGGCUCUUCCGAUGGUUACGCCUACACCGACGCCAACAAGCAGGCUGACGUGACCUGGAACGAGGAGUCUCUGUUCCCCUACCUCGAGAACCCCAAGAAGUUCAUCCCCGGUACCAAGAUGGCCUUCGGUGGUCUCAAGAAGGCCAAGGAGCGCAACGACCUCAUCACCUACCUCAAGGAGUCCACCGCUUAA